UUCAUAGCGAAAUUAUUUAUUAUUAUUGUGCAGAGCUUAACCUAUGUUAUCAGUUAUAAUAAUAGUGAAAUAGUAAUAAUAAUACAGAAACCGCGGUGAUCGGCUGGCGGUUGGCCGACCGUGACGUACGUCGAGGUGAGGAUGAGGCGUGGAAGUAAAAUAUUUCAUGAUAUUCACUGUUAUUCCUUGCGUCACGGCUGUGGCGGCGGCCGCAUCUAAGUACACCACUAUUUUUUCUUUUGUCGGCGGACGCCCGACGCGGGACGACGACAACGGUGUUGGGAAAAGAAUAAUAAUGUGGAUUGUGGUCGGUUACUGGCCGCCGCCGAGUUGCCACUUCUACCGAUAUCUAAGCUCCGCCUCCUAUUUUUUUUUUAUAUAUAAUAUAAUAUUAUACACAAAACGGACAAACACAACAUUAUUAUACAUCUAUAAUACUAUUAUACUCGUAUAGUAUAUAUGUAAACUAUAUUAUAUUAGUAUACCACGAUCGCAUUCAGUGAUAAUAUAGAACGUACACGAUAUACUAUACAGACUACAGUAUACACGCACACGAAUUGCAUUGCAAUAUUGCAUUAUCUCACUGAAGAUACCAACCGAUCAACAACAGCGACCAUAAGAUAAUAAUAUAUAAAAUAUAUGUAUAUUAUGUAGUUGGUGUUUUUUUUCUUCUAUGUUAUGAUAUUUCGGUUGUUGUUUUAUUUUAUUUUUUGUUGGUAUGGAGAAGAGAACGGGUUACGCAACUUGGACGGUCGCCUGAUGUAUUUGAAUCGAUAAUGCAAUGAACGUACACCCUGAAUGUGUCUUACCCUCGUUGACAAUGAAGCAACUGGAUAAUGUUGUAGAGGACACUCCAUUAAAGGGAUUCAAUACAAAUAUAGAAUGUAUUGACAAAGUCCUGAGCGACGUGGGAUCUAACUGUCUGACUACUAUUACGACAAAAUGCUCAGAUAUUGCAAAAGCCACAUCAGAGUCAGAGUUUUUAGUUCAAAGUAUUUUGUUUGAUACAAAUUCAAAUGGAUUUUGCUCAAUUAAUUCAGACGGUCCAAAAAAUGUUCAACCCAAUACUAAUGAAAACAACUUAUUCGAUUGUGAUUCAAAGCUAUUUAGCAAUGAUGAACAUUUUAAACACGAUAGUAGUAUGUCAUAUGCAAACAAUACAGAAAGUAUUUCAAGUACAAAUGAAACUAACUAUAAUAACGUAAAUAAUGUGUGUACAAAUAACAAAAAACAAGGUUUUACAAUUGGAGAAAUCGACAGUGAUAAAUUAUCUCAAUGUGGUCAAAAUUCAAAUAAUUUGACUACAUAUUCAAGUGAGUACACAUGUUUUUUCAACGAACAACCCGAUUCUGUAAGUACUUUAACACCAUUCAAACGAACCAACAGUUAUUUCCUAGACUCUCCGGUUAAAAAAGUAUGUAUGAAAUCACCAACUCAAGAGAUUGCGACCAAUAUUUCUAGUUUUAACAGUUAUUCUAUUUAUGAUAACAAUAUAUAUACUGGAUUGACCGGUAUUCAAUUGGAUUUGGAUGGUUUGCAAGAUCGUUAUGACGGUAGCGAUUCCGGUUUUGGAUCAGAACUCACUGACGACAAAAACAGCCAUGUUUCUGAUACAAUGGUUCCAUUACAUAGUGUACCUUAUAAUAAAAGUUUUACCCCUAACUCGGAAUCUACUUUUGAAGACUUACAGAGGACGUCUAAUGAAUUUUUAUCUGCAAUGGAAGUGUUAAAACCAAAAUAUAUAGAUUCUAUUCCCGAAAUAAAUACUUUUCAAAAUAACUAUAAGUUUGUGAAAGGAAUUUUAAAACACAACAGGGCCAGUUAUAUUUCGCCAACAGGCGAAAUCGCUGUUAAGAAACGUAAAAAUAUAAACUUUACUAAUGUUACAGUUUUUUAUUUCCCACGUGUUCAAGGAUUCACAUGUGUUCCGUCUCAGGGAGGCUCUACUCUUGGUAUGACAAGAGUUCACUGUGCGUCACGUGUAUUUUCUUUGCCAGAAUAUAUUACUGAACAGAGAAGAAUCCGCCGAAACAUUUCCAACAUGAAUAAUGCCGAAUUUCCUGGUUUAAAUACUGAUGAUAGCGAUAGCGACAUGGGUGCAAAUGAUGUUUAUUCCGAAUCUGAUGCUGAUUUAGAUUCUGAUAGUAAUGGCUGCUUUUUACAGCCUGUUCCAACUCGUCAAAGACGUGCGUUAUUAAGAGCUGCUGGUGUGGACAAAAUUGACUCUUCAGAAAAAGACGACUGCCGCAACAUAAGACUGUCGAGAGAGUUUUGUGGAUGCUUAUGUCGGGGAUUUUGCGACCCAGACACAUGUGCUUGCUUUCAAGCUGGCAUAACAUGUCAAGUUGAUAGAAUGAAUUUUCCGUGUGGAUGUACUGUUGAUGGUUGUGGAAAUUCAGUUGGCCGUGUACAGUUUAACCCAUCAAGAGUAAGAAAGCAUUUCAUACAUACGCUGAUGAGACUCGAAAUAAAAAAGAGAGAAGCGCAAGAAGAAGAAAAUAAGUUGGCUAUGGUUUCAUCGACUUUAUUACCAAACUUACCCUAUCAUGAUUCAAGACACAUACAACCGUACUAUCCUCAACAAAACUAUGAGUCUAACACGCAUGAUUACAAUUUUGGUUCGUUUUUACCGGCUUACGAUAGUCAUACUGUAGUUUCCGUUGAAAAUAACCCUAUGAUCGAUUACCAACAAAAUGUAGGGCAUUCUUCGUAUGAACUGUAUCAGCCAUUUACGUCUGCAUUUCUACCGCUUACGUCCGACCGCAUACAGAGACCGUCACUCGAUAACAGGCCAGAAUCGUUCACUGAACUUUUGCAGUCGUGCAGCACUCUGGACGUUAACAAUACUUUGGCAGUUGGCUUAAGUACUUCAGAAAAAGACGCCUUAUAUUUAGAUACAAAUAGUUUAGGAGAAAUAAUUAAAAACACCAUUGUCGAAAGUGUCAACUCGUAAAUGAUAACAUCUUCAGUUACUAUAUAAUUUUUGUUCCUUUUAUUAUUUAUUUUUGGUUCCCUCAAUCGUUAAAUUUCUGUUUUAUUUUUAUUAGAUAAUUGUUAACACUUACGAUGUUUUUACUUUUCCAAGAUUAUUAAAAUAUUUUUUUUCUUUAUUUGAUUUCUAUGUUCAUUUUCCAGCAGUUAAUUUGUAACUGCAAUGUGUUUUUACCAUUCAUUAGAAUUAAAAUAUGUCAAUCAAAUUAAAAAAAAACCUUCAAAAAGUAAUUUACUUAGAAAGAUCUUGUGGUAAUAUUUAAUAUUAUUAUGUUCGGUUUUAAAAAUUUAUAUAACAAAUUGAUAUUAUCUAAAUAAAACUUUGUGAUAAUAAAACAAAACUUGGUGCAUAGAUAUAGAUAAUAUAUAAUACUAAAUACUUUAAAAUAAUUUUUUAAAAAAUUAAUUUGAAUAAUUGCGUAAUACUAAAUUGGCAGAACGACUAACAUUGAACUCAAUUAUCAUAUUUGACUGUCAAUUUUUUUAAAAAAGAACGAAAUGAAGACGUGUAAAAAUUAGAUUACUGUUAGUUACUCUAAUCGAUGCAACUGUAAAUUAUGCUUUAUAUAUUAGGAUAUACAUAUAUAUAUAUAUAUAUAAGGGCUGUGAGGAAAAAAAAUCAAUGUAAAUUUUUUUUCAUUUUGAGGAAGUCAUGUUUUUAAUUUCAAAACGUAAUACAUUUUGCCUGUAUGCCUUAACUUCCGGUGAUAGUUACUCUUGACUAAUCCGUUUUUUUCCCUGGUUUGAGCACAUUAAAGAUACAAUACGUCAAUACAAAUAAUUUAAUACCAAAAUCUCAUUUAAAAAAAAAAUUUACAUUGAUCUUUAUUCCCCGCAGAACUUCAUAUCAUAUAUAAUAAUAUAUAUAUAAAUUGAUAAGCAUUUAGGUUAUUAGGAUAAUAUGUAUAAAAAAAAUUAAUUAUUAUUCUUUUUGACACUUAUUCUUUUCCUUCUUGUCUUUGUAUAAAUGCAUUUUAAUUCUUUGUUCAAUGAGGAUAUUUUUUGGCGUUUUAUUUAUAUUGUUUACUUAAGUUUUCUGAGACUAAUUUGCUGCUAAUUGAAUGGUGCCUCCUUUUAAUUUAUAAAAUAAUUUUGAUAGCGGUUAAGAACUUAUAAAUAAUAAUAAUAUUUGGUUAGUGACUACAAUCUAAUGUUAAAACACUUUAUUUUUUAUAAAUGUACCGAACAACUAUGUUUUUAGUAUUCCGGCUUUUGUACGAUUAGUUGACUUUGUAGCAUAGAGUAGACUAUCAAGUUGUUGUCUGUGUAGACAAUCUAAGCUAUUUUUUUCUUUUUUUGUAAAAUUUUACUUAAUAUUAAAA